GAUUCCACCAAAAAUUGGUCAGAGUCCUUUCACGGAUUGGGUAACGAACCAUUCAGUAAAGAAUCACAAGAGACUUUAUACACUGAACUUCCAGACGACGAUAUUGAAAUCACGCCUGAUGGGUUAUUGUAUCUUCCUGAAAUCAAGUACAGAAGGAUUUUGAAUCGUGCCUUUGGUGCAGGUGCGUGGGGGCUGGCACCGAGAUCUGAAACUUUGAUACAGAUGCAAGAAUUCGGUGGACUACUUACCAGGGAAUAUGGUUUGGUUAUCCAUGGAAGGCUGGUGUCUAUUGCUAGGGGUGAACAGACUUUCUUCAAGGAACAGGGUAUUCCAACUGCAACAGAGGGAUGUAAGAGUAACGCUUUGAUGAGAUGCUGUAAAGACUUGGGUAUUGCCUCCGAGCUAUGGGAUCCCAGAUUUAUCAAGAAGUUCAAGAAGAAGAAUUGCGAAAACAUAUUUGUUGAAUACGUUCCAACAAAAAAGAAGAAGAAAAUCUGGAAGAGAAAGGAUGAAGAGGUCGAGUAUCCGUUCAAA